AACCGAUCAAUAAAUAUAUUGUUUUUUAAUCAUUUUAUUAUUUUUAGUUUGUCUGUUUUCUUACAAUUUUUGGCGCAUUUUCUGUUCUACAAGCUUCAAUCUUGCUUUUCGUUCCGGUAAGCUAGUGUUCCGUGACGGAAGAAAAAAAAAGACGGAACUUCCGUCCGAGAAGUAACUGCGUAAUGUUUACUGUUGUUUUACUUUAAGGUUGAGAAAAGGAGCAGAGGCACUAAUUGAAACUGGUUACACCCACCUCAAACAUCACAGUAAAUGUUAAUGUUGACAACGUGGAGCCAGCAGGCCAAACAGCGACUGGAUGCAGCAGAGGGAGAAAUUCGGGAGCCACAGACGGAAAAUGAGCAACAGAGGAAAAAGUCCCCACGACCAGCUGGACAUGUCAGUGUUCCCUGUAGAUGUUCAGCAGAUGAUGUUGAAUAAAGAAGCAGCUCCUGAAGAACUAAGUCCUGGUGUGAGCCAGAUGGACCUGGAGACCCUCAACAUUAAGAAGGAAGAGGAGGAUCCACUUAAUGAGAUGAUGGAGUCAUGUGCCACCAGCAUUUCAUCCACUGCAGGUUCUUGUCUGUGUGAGGAGGAUGAAGACAAAGUUCUGUCACAGUUCAAUCAGCACCAGGCUACUGACCGAGAUCUUCCAACCAGCAGCUGUCCUGACCAGAUAAAAGCUGUAAAUGGUGAAGAGGACUGUGGAGGAGCAAAAUGUACCAGAAAUCCAGAUAUAAAUUUUUAUGGAGAUGAUUCCAACUCUUCAGAGAUGAAAAUGAUUGAGAAUAAAGAUGACCAGGAUGGGAACAUAUGUGACUGUCAGCUGAAAUCCUUGUCAGACUCUGAGCCAGAAACUGAAGACAGUGAACAAGAAUGGAAUGAGAGCGAGUCUUCUGAGUCAGAUGUUAAGGCUGUGAACAAAUCCUUUAGCUGCCCUGAGUGUGGUAAACGUAUUUUCCACAAAGGGUCUCUCUAUAAACACGUGAGAGUUUCAAGUCCUUCAGCAAAAAGUUCUUCAAGCUGUUGGUGCAAUGAGAAAAGUGUUGGAGUGGAACAAAAUGUAGACUUGUGCAAGAAAGCCCAGGCAGAACUAUCAUUUAGUUGUGAUCACUGUGGAUUUUCUUUUAACGAUAAAUCAAAAAUUAACUGUCACACGAGAGGACACGCGGGUCAGAAACCAUUUGCUUGUGAUGUUUGUGGACAAAGAUUUAGGUUUAAGGCACAUUUGAUCGGUCAUAUGAAAGUUCACCCAGGUCAGAAACCACUUGCUGCUGAUGUUCGUGGACAACCGUUUAGUGAAAACUCAAAUUUAAACGUGCAAUUCUACACUAAACAAAAAACAUUUAUGUGUGAUGUUUGUGGAAAAGGAUUUAACUGUAUGCCACAUUUGAUUGUUCACAUGAGAGGACACACAGGACAGAAACCUUUUUCUUGUGAGUGCUGUGGACAAAGAUUUAGCCAAAAGUCAGUUUUAAUAAGUCACAUGAGAGUCCACACAGGACAAAAACCUUUUGUUUGUGAACUCUGUGGACAAAGAUUUAGCCAAACAUCAAGUUUAAACAGACAUGUACGAGUCCACACCGGACAGAAACCGUUUGACUGUAAGGUCUGUGGACAAAAAUUUAACCUUAAGGCAAUUUUAAACAGACACAUAAAUGUCCACACGGGACAAAAACCUUUUGUGUGCGAUGUUUGUGGGAAAGGAUUCAGCCAAAAGACUAAUUUAAACACUCACAUGAGAGUCCACACAGGACUGAAACCUUUUGUGUGUGAUGUUUGUGGAGACAGGUUCAGGCAUAAGGUCAGUUUAAACACACACGUGAGAGUCCACACAGGAAACAAAACAGAUUUAACUACAAGGGUUCCUACUGGUACAACUUAAUGUUCACAUUCUAGAUUUCAGUUUUGUACCUCUGGUGGCAGUCCUUUCUCCUAGAUCAAUCCUGGAUCUGGAGUGCGAUUGUCUAGCACGUUUUAAUUGUUUGCCUUCUCCAACACACUUGAUUCAUCAUUAAAUCACCUGUUUGGCAGUUCAUCAAGCUCUGCAAUAGUCUACCAAUUGCCUACUGAUAAAAAUCAGGUGUGAUGGAGCAGUGAAGAAACUAAAACAUUGGCCCAAUCUCAAUACUCGCACUGCGCCCUGCGGUCUUCAGCAAAGUGCACUUAGAGAAAGUGCACAGUAGGCUUCGAGUGUGUAGUACACAAGUGUGCAGGUAAUUGCUGAAUUGAGACAGGGAGCAUUGCGUCAUCGAUCGUAACGCAUGCUGUGAUGUUGGUCGCUGUGAAACCUUUUUUUAAAAACCUUUAUUAACAAGUUUAAAACAAACAAAGCAAUUAAUUGAAAUAAAUUUAACUUCAUUGCUGCUUUGUCUAAAACAUUCAGAGCACCAACUAAUCAGAUUCAGAUUUCAGAUUUAUUGGCCAAGUAAAAUUACAUUUACAAGGAAUUUGUAUUCGGUAGAUGUUCGCUCUCUAAAACAUACAACAACCAUAAUAAAUGAGAAUAAAAAUACCUAAAAACACAUAAGAACAUGUAUACCCACACACAUGUUCAUUUACGCACACACCUAUACAGGUGCUGGCCAGUAAAUUAGAAUAUCAUCAAAAGGUUGAAAAUAUUUCAGUAAUUCCAUUCAAAACGUGAAACUUGUACAUUAUAUUCAUGCAAUGCACACAGACCAAUGUAUUUCCAAUGUUCAUUACAUUUAAAUUUGAUAUUCAUAAGUGACAACUAAUGAAAACUCCAAAUUUGGUAUCUCAAAAAAUUAGAAUAUUCUGAAAAGGCUGAAUAUAGAAGACACCUGCUGCCACUCUAAUCAGCUGAUUUACUCAAAACACCUGCAAAGGCCUUUAAAAGGUCCCUCAGUCUUGUUUUGAAGGCACCACAAUCAUGGGGAAGACUUCUGACUUAACAGCUGUCCAAAAGACAAUCAUUGACACCUUGCACAAGGAGGGCAAGACACAAAAGGUGAUUGCUAAAGAAGCUGGCUGUUCGCAGAGCUCUGUGUCCAAGCACAUUAACAGACAGGCGAAGGGACGGAAAAAAUGUGGUAGAAAAAAGUGUACAAGCUCUAGGGAUAACCGCACCCUGCAGAGAAUUGUGACGACAAACCCAUUCAAAAAUGUGGGGGAGAUCCACAAAGAGUGGACUGCAGCUGGAGUCAGCGCUUCAAGAACCACCACGAGGAGACUCAUGAAAGACAUGGGAUUCAGGUGUCGCAUUCCGUGUGUCAAGCCACUCUUGAACAAGAAACAGCGCAAGAAGCGUCUCGCCUGGGCCAAGGACAAAAGGGACUGGACUGAUGCUGAGUGGUCCAAAGUUAUGUUUUCUGAUGAAAGCAAGUUCUGCAUUUCCUUUGGAAAUCAAGGACCCAGAGUCUGGAGGAAGAGCGGAGAAGCACAGAAUCCACGUUGCAUGAGGUCCAGUGUAAAGUUUCCACCGUCAGUGAUGGUGUGGGGUGCCAUGUCAUCUGCCGGUGUUGGCCCACUCUGUUUCCUGAGGUCCAGGGUCAAUGCAGCCGUCUACCAGGAAGUUUUAGAGCACUUCAUGCUUCCUGCUGCUGACCAACUUUAUGGGGAUGCAGACUUCACCUUUCAACAGGACUUGGCACCUGCACACAGUGCCAAAACCACCAGCACCUGGUUCAAGGACCAUGGUAUCCCUGUCCUUGAUUGGCCAGCAAACUCGCCUGACCUUAACCCCAUAGAAAAUCUAUGGGGUAUUGUGAAGCGGAGGAUGCAAUACGCUAGACCCAACAAUGCAGAGGAGCUGAAGACGACUAUCAGAGCAACCUGGGCUCUCAUAACACCUGAGCAGUGCCACAGACUGAUCGAGUCCAUGCCACGCCGCAUUACUGCAGUUAUUGAGGCAAAAGGAGCCCCGACUAAGUAUUGAGUGCUAUACAUGCACAUUCUUUUCAUGUUCAUUCUUUUCAGUUGGCCAACAUUAGAGAAACAAACAUUUUUUCAUUGGCCUUUAGAAUAUUCUAAUUUUCUGAGAUACCAGAUUUGAUGUUUUCAUUGGUUGUCACCUAUAAAUAUCAAAAUUAAACGUAAUAAACAUCGGAAAUACAUUGGUCUGUGUGCAUUGCAUGAAUAUAAUGUACAAGUUUCACGUUUUGAAUGGAAUUACUGAAAUAUUUUCAACCUUUUGAUGAUAUUCUAAUUUACUGGCCAGCACCUGUAUACAUAUAUACAACCCCCCCCCCCCCCCCCACACACACACACACACACACAUAUCCAUAAGCAUACUGAUUAAGUAUUAAAAACUAUAGUAAAAGGAUGGUAAAAGAAUCUACAGAUUCAGGAGAGAAAUGGCUGAAGGAAAGAAACUGUUCUUGUGUCUGGUGGUUUUUGUGUACAGUGAUCUAUAGCGUCUGCCAGAUGGGAGGAGAUGGAAGAGAGUAGAUGCAGGAUGUGUGGCAUCUUGGACAAUAUUCACUGCCUUUUUCCUGGUCCUGCUGAUGUACAGUUCCUGGACAGAGGGCAGUUGGGCACCAAUGAUUUUUCCUGCUGUUUUAAUAAUAUGCUGUAGUCUG